AGGCCGUCUUUGCCAAGGAACUUGUCCCGCCGCGCAUAUCGUGUUUGGGCCGUUGAUUGCUCCACUAACGACCGGAGAUGAUGGACAAGCGCGGUAUUUCUCGGUGAUAGAUGCACUGCGGAAGCAUUAUGAGCUGCAGUCGGAUUACACAUGCAACUGGAUGAAGCAUGUUCGAUUUGCCAAGGGUGCCGAGGAGAGUAAUCUGCUGGUAUUCGCGCGCGGACCGGAGAUUGUCUUUGUCACGAAGAAGGCCAUCCAACCGAAGGAGGAACUGACAGUGUGGUAUUCCGAGCAGUAUAACGAAGCGGUGACUGCGCCCGCAUCUGCUGCUUUGAAUCUCCGCUCUGACCCCGGAAAGAAAGCCGAUAAAAUGACAUCCACUGACGAAGAUACCGAGGAACCCUCCAGCGCAGCCAAAAGAAAAGCGGACGGCUACGAUAUAACCACCCAGAAUGUAUACAUACCCGUGAUUUCCGCCGAAUUCGGUCCAUCGGUGCCGGUGGGAAUUGAAGACGGUUUCGGGUAUGUGGAGGAAGUGGUGGUGGAGCCGGUGCGAGGCCGGCCGGAUCCUGCACCGGCAGUGAAGAAUUCGGUGUCUCCACAGAAGGAAUCUUCCAAAGAAAAUCGUCUAAAUAGUUCUGCUGUGAUCCAGCCCAGCCCAUCUAACAUUGGUAGCGGGGGAGGUGGCAAUCUCACCUCGGGCGCUGAUGUUGAGAACACCGCGAAGACCAGAGAGCGGGCGAAUAAAUGCCUAUUUUGCAACACGUCUUUCGAGGAUAGGCGCAAGUUAAACAUACACGUGAUUAUGCACGGGGGUCGGGAUGGAUUCCGAUGUGGAGUAUGCGAAGAGAAAUUCGCGUAUUAUGGCCUGUUGGCUGCGCAUUUCAAGAAACAUGGAAGCGAAGAGAUCGCCACCAGUUCACUGCAGAUUCUGACAGCUGCAGCCGCCGCUUCCUCGUCGCCUACGAAAAAGAAACGCCUCUCGAAGCAGGACAGUCUGGAUAUGCAUUUUUUAUCCCAUGCGACCGGGUCGGUCUGUACGUGUGAUGAGUGCACGAAGCCGGCGAAAUCUCCGGAGAGAAAUGGUUCCCAUCGCAACAGUAGCACGUCUUCCGGCCGAAAAACCCACGAACUGCUUAAUAACCUUUUCUCUGAAUACCCGGAGGACGUCGAAGACGAAGCAGAUUUGAGCAUGUCGGACCUUGAAGGUGAGUAUAGCGAUUCAGAUGGUUUCGACGAUAGUCUGUUUGAGGAUCAGGAAAUGGAAGACGACAGUGCGCAGUGGCAGCAUCAUAAACUGGCUGGCUUCCAUAAAGGAAACAAAUCAGGAGGCAACCAUUUAUGGGAAUUUAUUCGGGACUUGUUGAAAGAUCCUCGAUGCAAUCCCACCAUUAUUCGAUGGGACGACAAAAAGGCGGGAAUUUUUCGCAUCGUCAAGUCGAAAGCGGUGGCUGACAAGUGGGGCGCCAGGAAAUGCAAUCCGCGGAUGAAUUAUGAGAAGCUGAGCCGCGCGAUGAGGCAUUACUACAAAACCGAAUUUAUCCUCCCCGUUCUCGGACGUCGCCUGGUAUACAAAUUCGGUCCAAAGGCCACCGGAUGGCAGGAUUGAUGUCGCCAGAUUUCGUAUUAUUUUAUCUGUUCCAUGUUGCAUUUGUUGUGUUUGUUUGGGGAUUGUUUUUCUUCCGAUAGCUAGAUUUCGGUUGGGAAAAGGGUUUAAAGGAAGAGUGAAUGCGGCGAUAUGCUUCCUUGGGAUCUGCUUGAUGACGUUUUACUGUGGUGGAAUCUGGCUGAAGCUUGUAUGUUACUUGGGGCGUUUUUUUCCAUAGCGUUUGGGCUUUUUUAAUGUUCCUUUCAUGAGGAGUAUUAUUUUUAAAUUCUGCAGAUUUCUCUUUUGCAGAUUAUGUAUUGUUGUCCUUUGCGUAGUGCACGGAUAUAAAUAUUCGAAUA